GAUAUUUGGUGGGAAAAACACGCAGCUUCUCCAAGUUCGGCCCACGAUGUGAUUAGCUGCAGCGCGGAUCAGUCACGCCGCGGUCCUUCCCACUGAGCUUUGACAGCGCCGCCGCACGCCUCGGCCGAGCGUUUCACCCUGCACAAGGCUUCGAAUGAGCCGCGAGAAGAGCACGCCGCGCGGUGCAGUGGAUCGGGUUUGCGGGGCGUCGAGGCAGCGGCUAAUCCUCGUCGGUGGGUUUCACAAGCUUACAGCCAACCCGGUCCUCCGAUCCUGCGAAGCGGAUGCCGCCGCCGAGGUGUAGUGCGAGAGCUUUAUUCUUGUCUGUUAAUUUUCUCACAUAAGAAAAAGAAAGGGACGAAGCUGGACAUGCUGCUGUGGCAGGCGCUGCGAGCAACUUGAGUCCGCCGGGCUGUUUACACAUCAGUGAUGAAGAAUACGCACACGCAUCUUUUCAGCUCUUUAAAACCAUGACGGAGCUUCUGGAAGGGACAGCGAGGCAUCUGAGGUAAGACGCGGAAGCAAAGGUCUUGGAAAGCGCAUCCCGCCGAUGCGCCUACAGCAGUGUGCCGCCUGGUGAGCCCCUGUAGUGAAGAACAUUAAGUAACGGAAACAAAGUUUAUGCAUUUGAAUUGGAUGCUGCGGGCUAACGGAGGGACGCAAGACUGCGGCGCGUUCUAACGACACGUAAUCUCGCAUCUGGAGCUUGCUUCAAGUUUGAGACUGCUGCUUCCGUUACGUGCAGUUUUGUUUUCCCUCCUCUUCAGUUCGGCUUGCCAUUCUCAUUUUCAGAUCGUAAAUGAAGCGUCUGGCAUCAGGACAGGGUCUAUCGUUUACGAAAAAAGAGAGGAGUGACCCCUGGCAACAGCAGCAGUCUUAGAACGGGAAAUACAGUUGUUUUGAAUUAUUUUUACUGUGAAGGCUGGGCGCAUUUUCAAGUAGAUUACGCGAGUGCUUGUUUUGGAUGUCUAUGAGACAUGCCUUGCCUGAACUUUUUCACGGCAGCAAGAUAGCAACGUUGUGAAAAUUGACAGCACAUUAAAACAGUAACAACAGCAAAACAAAACGAAGACAUCAGAGCAAGAGAAUUAAAGGUAAAGAGAGCGUAAAGGACAGAGAAGGAAGGAGUCUGCUAACCUGACAGCAACCUCGCGAUGUUCCUCCGAAAGUUACCGGGGGUGUCCGCCUCUGGGAUGGGGCUUCGUCUAUCUCAGAAAUUCGUCUUUUUGGUAUUUCUGUCCGGUUUGGUCACCCUCUGCUUUGGGGCUCUGUUCUUUCUCCCCGAUUCGGCUCGCCUUAAGCGAAUUUUCUUAUCCGGAGCGGAGACUCAGACCUUGGAAGCGGCUACUCUCGCCAAGGAGGGCAUCAGAAAGAGCGACAAGAGCCAUGAUAGCUUCAGAGACUUGACACCCGGAAAAGGGGACCCCGGCGCUCUCGGCAAGCCUAGCAAGGCAGACAAAAGCGGAGACAAAAAUCCCGAAGAGCACAACUUGCCUAAGGGACCGCCACAAAAGAUACGGCAAACGGUGGGCGCUGGACGGGAAGACAGAGGGGGGGACACGGAACCAUCUGAACGCGGCGCAUACCAAUACGACUACGACAAGUUUAGGGCAUGUCUGAAGAAGCCAACCCUGGGUGCAAAUAGAGGUAAACCGAGCGACCCCCAGAGCCAAGCAAGGAGAGCGAAAGUCAAAGAGAUGAUGAAGUUUGCCUGGGAUAAUUAUAAAUUAUAUGCCUGGGGGAAGAAUGAGCUGCGACCUUUGACCAAAAAUGGGCACACUGGCAACAUGUUUGGAGGACUCCGAGGAGCCUCCAUUGUGGAUUCUCUUGAUACACUGUUCAUCAUGGGGAUGGAGGAGGAGUACGAGGAAGCCAAGGACUGGGUGAAGGAGAACCUUGACAUGAAUUCUAAUGGAGAAGCCUCCCUUUUUGAAGUGAACAUUCGUUAUGUUGGUGGGCUGCUUUCAGCAUAUUACCUGACAGGCGAGGAGGUAUUCAGGACUAAAGUCCUUGAACUAGGGGAGAAGCUGCUGCCAGCGUUUAAUACGCCCACCGGGAUCCCACGUGGAAUUAUUAACCUGGGCAGUGGUCUGAGCUGGAGCUGGGGAUGGGCUUCUGCAGGAAGUAGCAUUUUGGCAGAGUUUGGAACAUUGCACCUGGAGUUUGUUCACCUGAGUGAAGUUUCAGGAAACCCAACAUAUAAGGAAAAGGUAAUGAACAUUCGCAAGUUUUUGAACAAAAUAGAAAAGCCCCACGGGCUCUACCCGAACUUUCUGAGUCCUGUCAGUGGAAACUGGGUUCAACACCACGUCUCCAUUGGCGGCCUGGGGGACAGCUUCUAUGAGUAUUUGAUCAAAUCUUACCUUAUGUCAGCCAAAAAAGAUGAAGAAGCCAAGAAGAUGUAUUAUGAUGCCUUGGAGGCAAUAGAAACCAAUCUGGUGCAGAAAUCUCCCGGGGGCCUCACAUACAUUGCAGAGUGGAGAGGUGGCAUACUGGAUCAUAAGAUGGGUCACCUCGCCUGCUUCUCUGGGGGAAUGAUCGCAAUCGGCGCAGCAGAUGGAGAACUGCAGAAGCGCAAACACUACAUGGAUUUGGCAGCAGAAAUCACUCACACGUGCCACGAAUCGUACGCCCGUUCUGACACUAAACUGGGUCCUGAGGCGUUCCGUUUUGAUGGCGGUGCUGAAGCCACAGCAACAAGGCUGAGUGACAGAUAUUACAUCCUGCGGCCAGAAGUGGUGGAGAGCUACAUGUAUAUGUGGAGGCUGACCCAUGACCCCAAAUACCGGGAAUGGGGCUGGGAAGCAAUACAGGCAUUGGAGAAGUAUUGCAGAGUUGACGCAGGUUUUUCUGGGAUAAGAGAUGUGUACUCAACAACACCAAACUAUGAUAACAUGCAGCAAAGUUUCUUCUUAGCAGAAACACUGAAGUAUCUGUAUCUUCUGUUCUCAGACGACGACCUUCUCCCUCUUGAAGACUGGAUAUUUAACACGGAAGCACACCCUUUGCCGGUAGUCCGCCAUAGUUGCAUGCAGGGAGAAAACAAAACACACCAGCGGCAGAAGCAUUAGCACAUGCUACUCCCAGGGGCCCUUGAUCAGUCUUUUGGGUCGAAACGCAUUUCCUUUCCAGUAAAGGACCUUGUCAUAAUGCUGAGAUUGUAUUUGUGGGCCUCCUGUCCGAUAUGGCGGACGGCGGCAUUUCAGUGGACAAUCAGAAAAUUACCAAGCACUUUUCAUUUAUCUCCUCUAUGAGGAGAACCAGUGACCCAGAGAUGGGUUUCUGAAAUAUGGGCCAUAUUGUGAAAUAAAACCACUGAGCUGCAUUUCUCAUCCAUUUUGAAGGUCUUUUUUCUGUUAGUUUACUGUUUGACCAAAGGUUGAUUUUUUUUUCCACAUGUAAACUCCUUAAAAAUGAGUGAAUGAGUGAAUAUAGCCUCUGUGUGUGUGUG